AUGCCUCCUAGUCUCUUUGAUCAGCAAUUUGUGCACUGUGGUGUUUGCCACAGACAGUCUAGUCAAGAAGAUCCACUCUACCUUACCUCGUGUGCUCAUACUGUAUGUUCUCAACAUAUGAAUGUCAAAAUCUGUCCCAUCUGUCACAUAAGUGAUAUCCUAGUAAUUAAACUAGCCGAGUCCAAGCAAUUACCAGAUGAAAUUAAAAUGCUUUUCCAACCGAUUCCGUCACUUCUGGAGAACCUUCAUAACGUUUCACAAUUCCAGAUUACUGGUAUGAUUAAUCAAUGUCAUUACUAUCAAGAUUUAUGUGAGAAAUUGAAGGAAAAAUGUGCACGUCAGAGACAAUUGCUCUUCCAAGCCAAACAAGAAUUAGAUUCUGUAGCGCAUCUAAAGAGUAGAAUUGCGGAAUUAGAAUCACAAUUGCAAUUACAAUCUACCCCAUCUACAUCUGCUGUAUUUAGUGGAUUGAGGCCCAAUCAUAGAGCUCCCGAUACUGUUGAUCUUACGCUAGAGGAUAACAAAGAAGAAUCGUUUAUUCGAAAGUUAAAGACUACCAAUUCCUUAAGAAAUAAAAGACAUACGGUGGAGGUACCCAAUUCUAACGACAGCAGUAAUUCCUCUAUUUCAAACAUAAUGGCAGAAUCUACACAAGUGGAUAAAUUAACAGAUCCAUCAGAAAUAACAAGCAAGAAAAGUUCAGAUUUAUCGCAGUUUUCCAACAACCUGCCCCAUGCCCUUAACAAGCUACGAAUAGUAAAGAGAAACCAUACCCUCAACAAUAAUAGUAACGCUACUACUUCAAGGGGACACCAAGGUCUAGUGACUCACAUGCGGAGUAGCAGCAGUAGUAAUAGCGGUAUGCGUGCUCAGACACAGACCAAUUUACUCAUGCGUAGAAACACCACAUCCAGAGCUCCCAUUGGUAAUUCACAAGGGACCAAUAACAACAAGUUUAGAAGGGUAAGAUAG